CGCUUGUUUCCGGCCGGACGGCCGAAAGCCACCGAUCCUGAACCAGCCGCCGGAGUCGGAGUGGCGACCGGGUGUGGAGCAGGCAAAAAGCCACAGAGGGAGGCCAAUCCCGAUCAGUCCCGUCUGGCUUCAGCUCCAGGUCCUGUGUGGAGCAACAGCCCCGGUCGCAGUGUCCGCCGCCGCCUCCGCCUCCAUCGUCGUCGGGGGAGGGGCCGGUCGGACCCGGGGGUCACUGCCGAGGAAUGAGGAGAGGCGGCCGGGCCCCGUGCUCCGCCCCGGCCUAGGGCCUUGCCCCGGGAGUCGCGAGGGUGAAGGCCUGAAUUUUGAUCUAUGUCCUGCCUGCAUCCAGCUGCUUGAAAGUACUUGAUGAUCACAUGACCCUGGACAUGGAUGCUGUCCUGUCGGAUUUUGUCCGUUCCACAGGAGCAGAGCCAGGGCUGGCCCGAGAUCUCCUGGAAGGAAAGAACUGGGACGUGAGUGCUGCCCUCAGUGACUUUGAACAGCUACGACAAGUCCACGCUGGGAACCUGCUCCCAUCCUUUAGUGAAGGGAGUAGUGGCUCCAGGAGCCCUGAAAAAGGGGGUUCCGAUAGAGAGGCUGCUCGCCCUCCCCGACCCAUUCUCCAGCGGCAGGAUGACAUCAUUCAAGAGAAACGCCUGUCUAGGGGCAUCUCCCACGCCAGCUCCAGCAUUGUCUCCCUGGCCCGGUCCCAUGUCUCCUCCAAUGGUGGGGGUGGGGGGAGCAGUGAGCACCCCCUGGAAAUGCCCAUCUGUGCCUUCCAGCUUCCAGAUCUCACUGUGUAUAAUGAAGACUUCCGCAGCUUCAUAGAGAGAGACCUCAUUGAGCAGUCCAUGCUGGUUGCCUUGGAACAGGCAGGGCGUUUGAACUGGUGGGUAAGUGUGGACCCCACCUGUCAGAGGCUGCUUCCUUUGGCAACUACUGGAGAUGGGAACUGCCUUCUGCACGCGGCCUCUCUUGGGAUGUGGGGAUUCCACGAUCGGGACUUGAUGCUCCGGAAAGCUUUGUAUGCACUCAUGGAGAAGGGAAUAGAGAAAGAAGCAUUGAAAAGGCGCUGGAGAUGGCAGCAAACACAGCAGAAUAAAGAGUCAGGGCUGGUAUACACAGAGGAUGAGUGGCAGAAGGAAUGGAAUGAACUGAUCAAACUUGCCUCGAGUGAACCCCGAAUGCAUCUGGGUGCCAAUGGAGCCAACUGUGGUGGGGUGGAGAGUUCUGAGGAGCCAGUCUACGAGAGUCUGGAAGAGUUCCACGUCUUUGUCCUCGCUCAUGUACUCAGGAGGCCCAUAGUGGUUGUGGCAGACACCAUGCUGAGGGACUCCGGAGGAGAAGCAUUUGCCCCUAUUCCCUUUGGGGGAAUCUAUCUGCCCUUGGAGGUCCCAGCCAGCCAGUGUCACCGCUCCCCUCUGGUGCUUGCCUACGAUCAGGCCCAUUUCUCUGCACUCGUGUCCAUGGAGCAGAAGGAGAAUUCCAAGGAACAAGCUGUGAUCCCACUUAUGGAUUCAGAGCAUAAACUGCUGCCCUUGCACUUUGCUGUGGACCCUGGAAAAGGCUGGGAGUGGGGCAAGGAUGAUAACGACAAUGUCCGAUUGGCCAGUGUAAUUCUGUCCCUAGAGGUCAAAUUGCAUCUGUUGCAUAGCUACAUGAGUGUGAAGUGGAUCCCACUGUCCUCCGACAGCCAGGCUCCUCUGGCCCAGCCUGAGUCCCCCACAGCCUCCGCUGGAGAUGAGCCCCGCUCCACUCCUGAGUCUGGGGAAUCAGACAAGGAGUCAGUUGGCAGCAGUUCAACCAGCAAUGAGGGCGGCAGGCGGAAGGAGAAGGCAAAGCGGGACCGGGAGAAGGACAAGAAGAGAGCGGAUUCUGUGGCUAACAAACUGGGCAGCUUCGGCAAGACCUUGGGCAGCAAGCUCAAGAAGAACAUGGGCGGCCUGAUGCACAGCAAGGGUUCUAAGCCUGGAGGGGCGGGAACGGGGUCAGGGGCGAGCGGUGGCACUGAGACCCUGGAGAAGAAGAAGAAGAACUCACUGAAGAGCUGGAAGGGUGGCAAGGAGGAGGCGGCGGGGGAUGGGCCGGCAUCUGAGAAGCCCACCUCGGAGGCCACGGGUAAUGGAGGGGGCAAGUAUAGCCAGGAGGUGAUGCAAAGCCUGAGCAUUAUGAGGAUUGCCAUGCAAGGGGAGGGGAAGUUCAUUUUUGUUGGAACCCUGAAGAUGGGUCACCGCCACCAGUAUCAGGAGGAGAUGAUCCAGCGCUACCUCUCUGAUGCCGAGGAGAGAUUCCUGGCAGAGCAGAAGCAGAAGGAGGCAGAGAGGAAGAUCUUGAAUGGAGGGCUAGGGAGUGGGCCUCCUCCAGCCAAAAAGCCAGAGCCAGACGGUGGGGAGGAGCAGCUGACUGGCCCCCCGGCAGAGGCCAAGGCUGGGGCGUUCUCUGCUGGCUACCCUGGGGGCUUCACCAUCCCCAGGCCUUCUGGGGGUGGUGUCCACUGCCAGGAGCCCCGGAGGCAGUUGGCAGGGGGCCCGUGUGGGGGGGGCCUGCCGCCAUAUGCCACCUUCCCCAGACAGUGCCCUCCAGGGCGACCCUAUCCGCACCAGGACAGCAUCCCUUCCCUGGAGCCGGGCAGUCACUCCAGGGAUGGAGUUCACAGGGGUGCGCUGUUACCACCCUCCUUCCGCGUGGCUGAUUCCUAUAGCAACGGCUACAGGGAGCCCCCUGAGCCAGAUGGAUGGGCUGCAGGUCCCCAGGGACUUCCCCCAACCCAGACCAAAUGCAAACAACCGAACUGCAGCUUCUAUGGACACCCUGAGACAAACAACUUCUGCUCCUGCUGUUACAGGGAAGAACUGAGGAGGAGGGAACGGGAACCUGCUGGGGAGCUGCUGGUGCACAGGUUCUGAGUGGGUGGAACCUUGGAGGGCAAGGGGGCUGAACAAAGAAAGUUAAGCUCAGCUGAUUGGCUCAUCAAGACCCAGCCUCCAUGUUGAGGGGGCAAAUGCAGUAACGUUUGUGGGAGCCUGGCCAGAAGCCCUUAAGUGUGUGUGCGGUUGGAGUGGUGCCAGGCUGGCAAGCGUAGGUCAGGGCUGCACGCUGCCUCGGGGGCUGCACUGUUCCUUUGCAGAGCUUGACUUGGUGGCACUGGGGUGCUCAAGGGGGGAAAGAUGGUGCUUCUGUCUCUUAACCCCUUGGGUGCCACCCCAUGACCAAGGGAAAGUAGCAGGGGAAGGUUUGGUGUGUGGGGGUGGGAGGUGGGCAGACGCCUGGGGGAGGAACAGGUAAAGGAGGCUCUCAGUAAAUAAAAGAAAAAACAGACCAAAGUUCUUUUAGGUUGGAAAAAAGCACAAGGUGGUGGAGUUGGGAGUGUGGAGGGGAGGUGAGAAACGGGACAAAUUUGCUAUUGAUUUGGAUUGAGAUAGAAGUUACGGUGGAUAACUUCUUCCUCCCAGAGGAGCUGGAAGGCCGAGGCGGUCGUACGGGCCCUUGUUGGGAAGAGGGGGAAGUUGAAAUCCCAGUUUAUUGAGAUGGGAAAAGGAGCAACUGCAAAGGGGAAUCCUUUUUGCUCUAGCGUUUUUCCUUCUGGGAGUCAUUUGUCAGCUGUUCUAGUUUGAGAGGAAGUUGCUGACUGCCCCCAUCUUUUCCUCAUUCUUUUUGAGGGCCAAGCUCAGCUAAGUUAAGAAGGUGGUGAUUCUUUUUUAAGAAAGACUUUAAUUUUAUUAAAAAAAAAAAGGGGGGGGGGGUUCCCUCUGGGAAAGAGAAGCGUGAUGAGCAGAGUGACUGUGUGUUGCGUCUCUCCAGUGACUCAAUGCAGAGGUGAUAUUUUUUACUACGUAGCAAUAACCAUGAAUGCACCUUGGGAGGAGUUACAGGAAAGACAGACAUUUGGCCAGACUGUUCCAAACCAAACCACAAACUAAACAGAGCGCUACCAUCUUCUGCUGCUGUGUUUCUGUAGGAAGCAAUUUAUUUUAUUGACUUUUUUUUUUUUAAAGGAAAAGACCCAAUGAGCAAAAACAUUUUAAAAACUGAUUUUUUUUUUUCCUAUUUAAGUGAUUCUUUCUCCUUCCUGUCUACUUUUGGAGAAUGAAUUUAACAUCCCGGCUUCUUUUGUUAAGCCAUAGUUGACCUUAAUCUGUGGUUAGUUUAUUAAAAUAAUAAUUAAAAAAAACUUUGUAAGAAGAGAUAUUUUUGAUAUUAGGACUGAUGUUAAAACAUGGGGUGGGUUUUGGGGCAAUUUAUAAAAAAGGUAGUUAGAGAAAUAUAUUUUAGUGAACUAUAACCACAGAUCACAGUUUACUCCCAAUGAGCUGAUCUGUUUGGAUUUCUCCCUUUCUCUGACCCAGCCCUGUUCUUCAGGGUCUGGGAGUGGGGAUCUGGACACAGUAGGGGGAGCUUCUUUGCAUUUUGCACAAAGCACAAGUCUGGACAGCCUGUGCUCUGGCCAGAGCCAUUUCUAAGAGCUUUAAACCGGAAGACCUGUCCUGGGCCAAUUUUCCUUUUUCUUUAUAUUUUUUUCUGGGAAAAAAAAAUCAACUAUGCAAUUGUAUACACUCCUGGGUGCGCAUGAAGAAGGAAAAUAAGUGUACUUAAGUGUCCAGAGUGUAAAUUGGGGCUAUUUUUCUGCUUUUGGAUUUCUCCUUUGAGGUAUGUGUUAGUCACCCUCAUAGCAUUCCCAUGGAAUGUAAUCCCCCCACAUUUGAUCCAAGACAGACAAGGCAAGGGGUGUUGGAGGGUCUCUUAUUUGCAUGUGUUCCUUCUGCUUGGGAAAGUUGUCCCAUCUCCCCCUCAGUGACAAAGCCCACCAAGCCCUUUCUCCUCAUUGGACUGCUCACAGUUUAGAAACCAUCCUCCCUACAAACUUGAAAGUCACCGAUUUUCCAAAUCCGAGUCUGUUGAUUUCAUAAUUGUCUAUUAAUUUGUAGGCUUUUAUUUGAAAAUAGGUUGGUUUUAAGGAAGCAAUGAGACUCCAAAAGAAGGGAAGUGUAUGUUUUGGGGCUGGACUGGAACUUAACAGUACGAGACAAGCACUCACUUCAGGUGCAAGAUGUAAAGGAGUACUCAGUAAUUAAGCCGAAUCCUUUUUGUUAAUGCAGUAUUUUAAAGAGUUACUGCAAAAAUCCACAUUGAACAAAAUAUGAAAAUCUUAAAUACAGAAUCUGACUAGACCAGGAUGAGCGGGAAGCUGAAUUGAGCAUAAGUCCUGCCUUUAAGUUUUUGUGUAUUGUUCUUCGUGGAUUUGUUUGCCUUAAUUUGAUCUUCUAAAAUAUUGUAUUAAAAUAAUGUGUAUCUUGGUUACUGGGGUUUUUGACCCCCGUUAAAUUCUGUGUGCUCAUCUCGCCUUAAUCCUUUCCCUGUUUUUGGGGAUUGAACAAGGCUGGCAAAACCAUCAUCGCAUGAGCCCUAACAUGUCCCACACAGGCGCUCACACCACACCCUGAGUUUGCACAACUCCCCCAGCUUUCCCGGAGGCCUCUGUAUCCUAGGACGCUGGCCUGGACCAAUAGGAAUGGAAACAGACCAAGGUUUUUCCCCAAAAAUAAAACCAGGAAAGUUUUGAUUCUCUAAUUGCCUGCUGUGUUUGGAUUUGAUGUGUUACUAGAUUUUGGUUAAUACUUUUGUUUUUAAAAAUCUGAGGACAAAUGAACAAAAACAAACUUUGUAUCUUGUUUGUUUUUAUUUAUAAAUUGUUCAAUUCCAA